GUUCCUUUCCCAAGAAACACUAUUGUUGUUGAUUCUUCCCUUUGUGAUUUUGACGAAUUGAAUAGAGGCUCUACUGUUGUCCAAACCAUGGGACCCUGAUACAACUUGAUAAAGCUUUCACCCAUCUUCGGCUUAUCGAAGGUUAAUGGUCGAUCCUAAACCUCGUUUGUGUUUGGCCCUUGCUCAACCGUUGGUGAUGCUAGAGAAGGGUUUGUUUUUGUAUUUUUAUUUGAGCUUCCAUAGCAAGUGGUUGAGCCUAGAGGUUGUUUAUUUUAGGGAUUUUAUGUUUUUCUUUGUUAUUUGCUUCUUGGGACUAUUAUCUUUCGAUUGAGUUAUUGUUGCUUGUUUGUUGGUUAUGCAACUCUCUUUGACCUUUCACUAAUUGGCUUUUGAGAAAGCAUAUCUGGUGGUUUCCUUUUACCCUAAGAACAUCGACUUUUAGGGUCAUUUCCUUUCCCUUGGUCAGGGCUACAACCCUUCAGGUCAUUUCUUGAGCCCUUCCUUGGUAGCCACUUUGUUCAUGAGCAAAUUCUUAUGACUUAUGAGUGUUCAUUUCACAACCAUUAGUUUUCUUGUCUCUGAAGUUGCUUGCUUUUCUUAAAUUUUUAUUGUCGAGUCCCUUUUAUCUUUUGUUAUCUUUUAUUGGUUGGCCUCUAUAUGGCCUAUCCCACCCUCUCCAUGUUCUUUUUUAUGGUUUAUAAUUUUAUCUUCAAUAUAUAUUAGCUAAAAGAAAAGGACAAAAAUCGUAAUCUGCGUGGGAUGAAUCCUUACCUCAUGGACGAAAACAAGGUCGGUUCCCUGGACUGUUCUUUCCGCAACUCUCUCUCUCUCUCUCUCUCUCUCUCUCUCUCAGAAAAAGCAAGAAAUACAACAAAAUCUGAAGCAACUGCUUAAGAAAAAUAAUAGAAUAGCAUAUGCUUCUUGUGUGUGGAUAAGAUCUAGCUACUAGCUAGAGACAUGGGAGACUGUGUGGAAGAUUUCUCUUUGCGGUGCUCAUCAUCAUCAUCGUUUUCAAAGCUUUGGAGGUUUAUAAUUCCAUUGAUUUUGGUGGUUGGCUUGGUGGUUCCUUGGGGUGGAAAGAAAUCCAAUUGGGCUUUCACUUCUCCAAGCUCUCCAUGGCCAUGGCGAUCCACUUCUCAGGCUCCUAUUUUGCUAGCUUCAACUAUGGAUAAAACUAGCAGGAGUAACAGGAAGGCGAUAAAUCUCAAUCCGCAAAAACCAGAAAAAGAGGAGGAAGAAAGAUUGAAUGUUGGUAAAAGUGGAUCUUACUUUGUUCCUUCCAUGGUUGAGAAUACACCGUUCCCCAUCAGAUCGGCAAGAUCACAGAAAAGCCAUGGCAAUGUUCUGGAGAGUCUGGAAGCAGGCCUUGUGCAAGCUCGAACUGCCAUAAGAGAAGCUAAAAAUGGAAAUCAAACACAAAAGGACCCUGAAUAUGUCCCAGUUGGCCCAAUCUAUUGGAACACCAAAGCCUUUCACAGGAGCUACUUGGAAAUGGAGAAACAUUUUAAGGUAUAUGUGUACGAGGAAGGAGAGCCUCCAGUUUUUCACUAUGGCCUCUCGAAGGGCAUACUGGGUUUGGAAGGGAUCUUCAUCCACAACAUGGAGAUGAGCCAGUUUAAGACUAGGGAUCCUAAAAAAGCCCAUGUUUUUUUCUUGCCUUUCAGUGUGAUCAGCCUCACUCAUUAUGUCUAUGAAGUUGAUUCCCAUGCCUGGGAUCCCAUGAAGAACACUGUCAGAGACUAUGUCAAUGUGAUUCAAAGGAAACACCCGUUCUGGAACCGAAGCCGAGGGGCCGAUCACUUCAUGCUUGCUUGCCAUGAUUGGGGGCCUGAGAUCUCCUUUGGAGUACCAUAUUUGUACAAGAACUCCAUCAGAGCUCUGUGUAAUGCAAACACCUCAGAAAGAUUCAACCCAUCAAAAGAUGUCUCCAUCCCAGAAAUCUACCUCCCAGAGGGCAACACAGAGGGCCUGCUCGGCGGCCCGUCGCCAUCGAAACGCCCUAUUCUUGUCUUCUUCGCCGGCGGGGUCCACGGCCCGAUCAGGCCAAUCCUUCUGAGUCACUGGCAGGACAAGGACCCAGAUGUCCAAGUCCACGAAUACCUUCCGAAAGGAGUCUCCUACUACGGGAUGAUGAGAAAGAGCAAGUUUUGCAUCUGCCCCAGCGGCUAUGAAGUUGCCAGCCCUAGAAUGGUGGAGGCCCUUUACAUGGGCUGCGUUCCAGUCUUGAUAAAAGACCAUUACGUUAAGCCUUUCAGCGAUGUUCUAAAUUGGAAGACGUUUUCAGUUGAAGUUGCAGUGAAGGAGAUUCCAAACAUGAAGAAGAUUUUGGAGGGUAUUUCUCAACCACAGUAUCUGAGAAUGCAAAGGAGGGGUCUUCAAGUGAGGAGGCAUUUUGAGGUUAAUUUACCUCCAAAGAGGUUUGAUGUCUUUCAUAUGAUUCUUCACUCAAUCUGGCUUAGAAGACUCAAUAUUCGAGUCUAUGAGACUGAGAAACCAUGAAUCUGACAAGAUUUAAUGUUGUGAAUUGAGUACAAAUUAAAUUAAUUCAAUGAUGUAUGGUUUAAAGCUAUAAAA